CGCGAGCGCCCCGCCUGCCGCCGCCCCGCCCGCCUCGUGCCUCCGUCAGCCCAGCUCCGCGGCCACCGACACUCAGAGCAGCCCCGGGCGGCGCACGGUCCUCGCCAUGUCUGCGGCCAUGAGGCAGAGGUUCAACCAGUUCCUACACGAGAAGAACUGCAUGACCGAUCUCUUGGCCAAGCUCGAGGCCAAGACCGGCGUGAACCGGAGCUACAUCGCGCUCGGUGUCAUCGGGCUGGUGGCGUUGUACCUGGUGUUCGGUUAUGGAGCCUCUCUGCUCUGCAACCUGAUAGGAUUUGGCUACCCAGCCUACAUCUCAAUGAAAGCCAUAGAGAGUCCCAACAAAGAUGAUGAUACCCAAUGGUUGACCUACUGGGUAGUGUAUGGUGUGUUCAGCAUUGUGGAAUUCUUCUCUGACCUCUUCCUGUCAUGGUUCCCCUUUUACUACAUGCUGAAGUGCGGCUUCCUGCUGUGGUGCAUGGCCCCCAGCCCUUCCAAUGGCGCAGAGUUGCUCUACAGGCGCAUCAUCCGCCCUAUCUUCCUGAAGCACGAAUCCCAAGUAGACACAGUGGUGAAAGACUUGAAGGACAAAGCCAGAGAGACUGCAGAUACCAUCACUAAAGAAGCCAAGAAAGCUGCGGUGAAUUUACUGGGUGAUGAAAAGAAGAGCACUUAGACCACUGACUUGAUGAGCCUUUUCUCCCCUCUCUAGACCUUCCUGUAUUACAACUUGAUGUUAUGUUAUAGAUUAUGGUAUAAUCAUUUGAGUAAUGUUGCCUUGGAAACAUUUUCAUAUAGUAAAAAAAAAAAAGGAACUUUUGGCUUACUUUUAUUGUCUAUAUACAUAGGACAAUUUAAAUUUAAUGCAAUGGGCAGUGUCCAAAUUUUUGGAAAAUGUUUUGCCUUUGGACAGAAAGAAGUAUGCUACUGACCUGCAAGAAAUAAAAACUCAAAGUUUGGCUUUGUAUUUCACUGGACUCUCUGCAUGCAUUUUUUCUGUAUUUAGGUUUAGGAGACUCUGUGUGGGUCUGCUUGUAGUGUACAAUUUUGUAUGAAAUGUUUUUAAUGCAUACAUAUAUGUAGGGAAAUGUUACAAACUUUUACAUACAUAAUGCUGAUGGGGAGGACCUGCCCAAAAAACUGAACACUCCCAUUAUGCUGGUGUGAUAUGCUGAGAAAAGAGUUCAUAAAACUAAGACAAAAUAGAAUUUCAAAAGAAAUGAUAAAUAAAGUUAAAUGGAGGGUAGCCUGGUUGUUUUCCUAAUGUAGCAACUUUGUCAAGCAGUUUGUACAUACACACAUCAGUACUUAUGGCUCCCAAUUCCCUGUAGAACUAGUAAUAAUGUCUUAUGGCUUUAAAAAAUCUGCUUGUAAGCUCUGGAUAGUUUGUCUUUAAGAUACUAAAAUGAAAACCCUCCUUUUCCAUGAAACUGUACAGUGGAGUAACAUGUUGGUUUUAUCUUCUUUCCCCCAGUCCUUAAAAAAUCCAGGGACAUCCAGAGCCUUGCCUACUAAUGAUUACUUAUAUGUUCUUGUUUGAGUCAUUAGUAAUUUCAUGAUAAUGACAAUAUACCAGUUUCUAAGAGCAGUUCUGGGACACUGAAAGACGUCUGAUGUAACCUAGAAUCUAGCUGGCAGUGGUAUUUGAGUUAUUGCCUUCACCUUCUUUCUUUGGCCUUUAAGAGCUAACGUAAGAGAACUUACCAGUCAGAAUUAUACUCAGGUCAUUAAAAUGCUAUCAUCUCUAUGCUUUUUUGUAGUAAGCAGCACUUAAUCACAAAGCAAAAAAGUUGAAGGUUAAUAUCUCCAGCUUGAUCAAAUAGUUUAUAGAGGCUUUGACAACUUGUCUAGACUAGAAAAACUGAGCUUUACAUCACCCUUCUGCUAGGAUCAUUUUGGAUUAGACUAAAUUAAAACAAGAAUCUAACUUGUUAGGUUAAAUUAAAUAUCCACACCAUAAAAUAUUUAAGUCAGGGGCUGGGUGGUGGCGCACCUGGUUAAGCGCACGCGUUACAAUGCACAAGGACGCAGGUUCGAGCCCCCAGUCCCCACCUGCAGGGGGAAAGCUUCACAAGUGUCUGCAGGUGUCUGUCUCUCACCCUCUCUAUCCCUCCCUUCCCUCUCUAUUUCUGACUAUUUUUAUUUAUCCAAUAAAUAAAGAUAAUAAAAAAUUUUUUUAAACAAUUUAAGUAAAAUGUUUCCUUUAGAUAACAAGAUCAUAAUAGUGCUUCUUGAUGUUAAAAAAAAAACUAUUAAGAGACAUUAUCACUCAACUGUAUGGAUAAGGGUUUUUUCCUUUUUUGAAAAAAGUGGUGAGCAUAAGGAAUCUUAGUAAACUUACCCUGAAAGGAGAAAAAAUUAGAGAAAGCAAAGAAAAUUGUUAGUGAGAAGAAAUUAAAAAAAAAUCUUGGAAUAUUUAAAUUGUUUCUCAGUAUCUGGUUACAGAAAAGUAAAAAUCAGCAAUAUCUAGCAUACAGAGUACAUAUUUAGAAUUAACUGCUGGAGACAUAAAAGUUACCACUGCUUAUAAUUGUCUGAAGGCCAAUAUGUGUAAAAGCUACAAUAAGAAAAUAUAUUUGAGUGGUCCUGGAGGUGGCACAGUGAUAAAGCCUUGGACUCUCAAGCAUGAGGUCCUGAGUUUGAUCCAUGGCAGCACACAUGUGCCAGAGUGAUGGCUGGGUCUUUCUCUUUCAUCACUCUGAUACAUGUGCUGGCGGGGUUUGAACUCAGGACCUCAUGCUUGAGAGUCUAGUGCCUUAGCCACUGCACCACCUCCCGGAUCACCUCUCUUCUCAUCUUAUUCAUAAAUAAAUAAAAUCUUAAUAAAAAAAAUAAAGAAAGAAAAUAUAUUUGAGACUGUAAGCCAGAGGUGAGCAGUGCUCUGGUAAUAAAUAAAAUUUCUUUAAAAAAAAAAAAAAGAAAAUAUAUUUGAAUGCAGGUUUUUGUCCCCAUUGCUUUCUCCCUACAGCACAUUCUGCAAGUGAUUUAUGUUAACCAUUACUGACCAGCUAAGUGUACAGACAGACUAAUAACAGAAGUUAGGAGUUGACAGUUCUCAAUGUAGAUUUUCCAAUGAUAUAUAUUGUCAUGGCGAUAGCAUUAUAAAAAAAUAAUAAUUGAGCCUGUGUCUGUUUAACUAGAAGCAUUGAUUUGUACAGAAAUGGUAUUUCAGGGGUAUGUAAAGUCACAGAAUCCCUGUAGUAGUUUCUCCCCUAAUGAAAGGUUUUUAGAUCGAGAGUCUAUCAUGCCUGUAAGAUAAGUUACCAUCUAUUUUGAAGAUAUAUAUAAUGAGUGGAAGUGGACAUAAAUAAAAUUUCAUUAUCUAAUUGAA